UUCCUCGGAUCCUUAACAAUGAAUCCUCGUCACAACGAGAUCGCUCCUUUAAACACAAGCUCCGCCAACUCCCCUCGAUUCCCGAGUCCUCGUACCAAUGGUGGCGGCGAGAGUGGCCCAAGAGGCGGCAUGCCGCGUCCUCGCGGGAGAAUAUUACCACCGCUUCUACCGUAUCCUCAGAUCCCACAGACCCGUCCGCCAAUGAGGUUGCCGAUGUAUCAACCGUCGUCGCGGCCUGUCUUCUCCUUCGGCUCACAACCGCCCAUGACCCCUGCACCGUCGUGGUUACCAUAUUAUCCGCCAGCGCCGGCCGCUAACUACAACGCCGCUUUGCCUCCGCUUCCGUUCACGAGGCCUACCACCUCGGUAUACUCUGGUGGUAGUAUCCCGCGGAGGAAUGCUCACAGAAGGAGAAACCGUUAUAACGUUCCUCCUUCGAGUUCGCAGAGGCCUCAGAGUGCUGACCGAAUGAUCUACCCGAGGCCUAUAGAGAUGCCCUUUAGCGCGAUGAUGCCAAACGAAGCAGGCGAUGUCAUGAACGUGUUGCUCACUGACUAUGUGGACCCGGACAAGAUUUUUUAUGAUUAUAACGAGGAUGACUUGGUGAUAAUCUUUGGAGAUUCGGAUAAUGUGAAAAGCAGUGGUAGUGAGAAUAGGAGUGAAGAUGCUUCGGGUGUAACGAGUGUUUCAAUGAAUAGUAAUCUCGAUGGUAACGAAUCACCGAAGCUGCCUCCUCCCACAGGGAAUCUUCAGGGUGUAACCAAUUCAGCUAAUAGAAACGAGAAUGCCUUCGAGAUUGAGAAAGGCGUGGGACACAGUGAUGAGAUUGCUCCAUCUGAUCCUAACCAUGCCAAAAGAAUCUUGGAUAACGGGGAAUCAUCUGGACAUUCAAGUGCGAAGAAGGCGCGGCGCCUUAACUAG